CAAUUAGAUAUACCAUUUCAGUCGAGUCGGCCAGUUCACAGAGAGAGAGAGAGAGAGAGCAAGCGAAGGAGGGAAAAAAGACAAUGGGAUCUAUCCUCUCCAGCUUCCUAGGGGGAUCCAGCGGCGAGGGAUCGUCGGAGAGCGCUCGCGUCCAGGCGUUCCACUCCUCGGCCGAGUGGCAGAGUCACCUCAAUUCCCUCAAGGAGAGCCCCAAAUUGAUGGUGAUUGAUUUCGCGGCGAGUUGGUGCGGCCCCUGCAAGUUGAUGGAGCCCCUCGUUCACAAAUUGGCCGACGAGUACGCCGACGUCUCCUUCGCCAAGAUCGACGUCGACGAGUUACGUGAUGCGGCACAGGAGUUUAAGGUGCAGGCGAUGCCGACCUUCGUGCUGAUGAAAGGAGGGAAGGAAGUGGACAGGGUGAUCGGAGCUAAGAAAGAUGAGCUCGAAAAGAAGAUCGUCGAGUAUCGCGCCACUUCUUGAACAAAGACAACGAUGCAAUCCCCUUGUGUGCAUUCGGGAAGUCCCUGUAUAACUUCUUCUCGAUCGUGUUUUCUUCUUGGUCUUGAACCCUUUGGGGUGUGUUUCAGUUUGUAUCGGUCUUCUUUGAAUGGUUAUAUGAUAAGACUUGCGUUUCUUGGUA